AUGAUUAUGUGCAGGAUCAAGGAAUUCAGUGAAUGGGCACAAUGUAUAGUUCUUGAAUUGGUUGCUAAAUAUGUACCCACAGAUAACAAUGAGAUCUUUGACAUCAUGAAUCUUCUUGAAGAUAGACUUCAACAUGCUAAUGGUGCUGUUGUCCUAGCAACCGUUAAGGUGUUUCUACAAUUGACUUUGUCUAUGACAGAUGUCCAUCAGCAGGUGUAUGAGCGUAUUAAAGCUCCUCUACUGACCCUAGUGAGCUCGGGCAGUCCAGAGCAAUCAUAUGCUGUAUUAAGCCAUCUGCAUCUUUUGGUGAUGCGUGCACCUUUUAUUUUCUCUUUGGACUACAAACACUUCUAUUGCCAGUACAAUGAAUCAUUUUAUGUUAAGAAAUUGAAGCUCGAAAUGUUGACAGCUGUGGCAAAUGAGAGCAAUACUUAUGAAAUAGUGACGGAACUAUGUGAAUAUGCUGCCAAUGUUGACAUUCCCAUUGCAAGAGAAUCAAUUCGGGCAGUUGGGAAAAUAGCACUGCAGCAGUAUGAUGUAAAUGCCUUUGUUGAUAGGCUCCUCCAGUUUCUGGAGAUGGAAAAGGACUAUGUGACUGCUGAAACUCUGGUGCUUGUGAAAGAUCUUCUUAGGAAAUAUCCUCAAUGGAGUCAUGAUUGCAUAGCAGUUGUUGGGAGCAUCAGCAGCAAAAAUGUUCAGGAACCCAAAGCCAAGGCAGCUCUUAUUUGGAUGUUAGGGGAGUAUGCUCAAGAUAUGCAGGAUGCUCCUUAUAUUUUAGAAAGUUUUAUUGAGAGCUGGGAUGAUGAACAUUCUGCAGAGGUAAUAAAGGAAGCUGGGAGUAACAAGUCAUUUGCCGUUAUGGUGGCUUCCUCAAUCAUUGCUUAUCCAGAUGGAAUCAUCAUGGUUCUGUGA